GUAGAAAACAUGCGAUUUUUAUUCAGUGAUGAAAAUCUGCACACAAUUUGAAAGUUUGCUUUCAAUCGCCGUUUGAUUGCAAUUAUUGCCGAUAAUUGUCUUCAUUUACCACUCAUUCAGUCUCUUAGUUAUAGUCGUAAUACUUGUCCAUCAUUUGAGUCCUGUCUCACCAUUGAAUCCAAAGCCGAAGACAUUACUGUCAAAGACAUCGCAAUCGGUGUUUGAUUUGCAAACUAUUGUCCCAAAGGUUUUGUCUACUAUUUAGUGGACAUUAAUUGCAAUCAAUGGACGAUUGGGGCGACGAUUGGCAGCCGUCGACGACGACGACCAGCACUCGCACUGACUCUGCGACCAAUGAUUGGGACACCGGAUGGCCCGACAGCUCAGCCAAUAGUGCCGUCAAAGAGACUUCAGAUGAAAGUGAUUUGAGACCAAAAGCGUUUGGUCGCGGAGUCGGAAGAGCUCAGAGAGCGGCCACUUGGAGGCAACAGAAUGGCGGCACUCAAUGGGCCGAUCAGUCGAGCCAUAGCCGCGAAGAGCAAUCUGUUUCAAACAACAGGUCUUACAGCGAUUCCGGCCAUAACUCGUCCAAAAGGACGGUUCAGAUCGAGUCGUCGUUUGUGGGGAAAGUGAUCGGAAAGGGAGGACAGACUAUAAGAGAUUUGCAAACCAAAAGCGGCGCUCGGAUUCAUAUCAAUCGCGAAUCCAGUGGUUAUGACACAGACAUAGAAUUGGGCGGAAGUACUGAGCAAAUGGAUUGCGCAGAAAAGUUGAUCAAAGACUUGACUCAAAGCUCUGAUUAUUCUUCUUCUCGAAGAAGUUUUAAUAACUACUCAAAUGAUGAGCACAAGAAGGAGAGCGCCGACACAGAAAUGAUUGAUUGGGGCGCCGCUAUAGCCGAGAGCGAAGCGGCCACUAAACAGAAAUGGGAAGCACUUCCGCCGAUCAGCAAACAGUUCUACUUCGAGAACUCCGACGUCAGAGCAAUGAGUGCCGAUUUUGUGGACAAAUUUAGGGCCGAAAGUAAUAACAUAAUUGUCAGUCAUUUCAAUGAAGGCGACACUCGAGUCAUACCAAAUCCUGUCCAGCAUUUCAAUCAAGCCUUUGAACACUUCCCCGAAAUUUUGGGUGAAAUCAAACGACAAGGCUUUGAGAAGCCGUCGCCGAUUCAGUGCCAGUCGUGGCCAAUAUUGUUGAGUGGAUUUGAUUUGAUUGGUAUCGCACAGACGGGUACCGGCAAAACAUUGGCCUAUAUUUUGCCGGCAAUGAUACACAUCGAUAGUCAGCCGAUGAAGCGAGAGGAGCGUCCGGGCCCUACAGCCCUUAUUAUGGCUCCGACCAGAGAAUUGGCGCAACAAAUCGAAAAGGAGUGUCAAAAAUAUCGGUACAGAGAUAUUAAAUGUGUUUGUAUUUACGGCGGCGGAGACCGAGCGACUCAAAUCAAUAGUGUGGGCAAAGGGGUUGAGAUUGUGAUCGCAACUCCCGGUCGCCUCAACGAUCUCUGUAUGAAUAAACACAUAGACCUCUCAUCCGUCAGUUAUUUGGUUUUAGACGAAGCCGACCGUAUGCUUGAUAUGGGUUUUGAGCCGCAAAUCAAGAAAAUACUGCUUGACGUGAGGCCUAACCGCCACACUGUAAUGAUGUCAGCCACUUGGCCUCAAACUGUUCGUCGACUGGCCGUCACUUAUAUGGAAAACCCGAUGCAGGUCUACGUCGGGACAUUGAAUUUGGCGGCCGUUCACAGCGUCUCUCAACAGAUCAUUAUCACAACGGCUGAAGAGAAACGCGAUAUUAUGUAUGACUUCAUCGAUAAGAUGAGAAAACAUAAUAGCGAUGAGCGAAACGAACAAAAGCAAAAAGUGAUCAUAUUUUGCGGCAAAAAAGCACUAACUGACGAUUUGGCCUCUGAUUGUGUGCUCAAAGGGAUUGAUUGCCAGUCAAUACACGGCGAUAGAGAUCAACACGACAGAGAACAGGCGUUGGAAGACAUCAAGAGUGGAGCCGUCGAUAUAUUGUUCGCCACAGACGUGGCCUCUCGAGGACUCGACAUCGAAGACAUUACUCAUAUCUUUAACUUUGAUUUUCCGCGUAAUGUCGAGGAAUACGUUCAUAGAGUGGGCAGAACUGGAAGAGCCGGGAGAACGGGUGCGUCCAUAACUUUGGUCACUCGGCAGGACUGGAAACACACGCCCGAACUGAUUGCCAUUCUGGAAGAGGCCACUCAGGAGGUGCCCAAUGACUUGGCAGAGAUGGCCCGACGAUACUCCGCUUGGAAGGAAAAACAUGACGCCGAAGAGGCCGCGUGUGGCGGUAGACGUGGCGGCGGCAGAGGUGGGGCCAGUGGUGACGGGUGUUUCAAAUGCGGCGAAAGCGGACACUUUUCCCGCGAGUGCCCCAACUCUGAUGGCGGACGCGGAGGUCGAGGCGGCGGUCGUGGCCGGCGCUGGUAGUGGUAAUGAUUCAAUUGACUUCGUUUUAUAUCAAUUUCUAAUCUCCUUUUAAAGCAAAUCGUUGUUAAUUUAAAGCUUUAAUCACUUUUAUAUAAUUCACUGAAC